AUGUUUCCAAGUUCAGUCUCACCUUCCACAAAAAAAAAUGUUUCAAAAUCUCAAGCUCUUCACACUGGUUGCAGUGAUCAUGAUGACCAUGGUUGUGUUGUCCGAGAAGGAGCACUUCCACUUGUUUACACUGGUUAUUACACACCUGACAUCUCCAAAAACAACUGGAAUUGGAAUCCCAUGGAUUUUCAAUAUUACAAUGCUUACAAGUCCUCACUCUCAAUUCCAGUGAAAAUGGUAGAUCCAAUUGUUAACAGAGGUCAUAUUUCAGGAAACACAAAUUUGGUUACUAAUUUUUAUCCAUUUGCUUCAUUGAGUGUCACUGUUGAGGCAGCUGCUACGAACGGAACGUUUGUAAUGUCUGGUUCUGCAAUGUGGAGAUAA